AUGACUGAACUACCUGGGACUGUCCCCAAGGUCGCAAUUUUGUUGUUGGUGUUCCUGUGCAACGGCCGCCCGUGGGGGAGAACGCCCGCAUCUCUGAGACGGCGAGUGUUGGCGCUGAGCUCCGCCCGGACCUUGAGCCCCUGUGGCAUUGCGGGGGAAGUCUGUACUCUCGCCGGGAGCCUCGAAGCCCCGAGGGAACCAACUGGGCUAGAGCUGACGUCACGAGGCACUGUGCCAAUCCGUCCGGGCUCUUAUUUUUCGGAGGCAAAGCUGAUGCGACUGAGCUUAGAGAUUGGGAUUAGAGACGUAGUAUCACUCUUAUCUAAAUCUAAAUCACCCCCCCCUCCUCUUUCGCCGCAGAAGGAGGAGUGCCCGCGACGCCUCAUGAAGUGCCAACACUGUGAGCUGGAGGUGAUCGCCCAGGAGUUCCAGCGCCACGUCGACUACUGUGAGUCUCGGACGGAACUCUGCAAGGGCUGCACCAAGUAUGUCCAGUUCAAGUACCUUCAGUUCCACUACGAGUAUGAUCACAAGCACUAAGUAUUCCCUCCCUCAGACCAGGAGAAUAGUUCUGACGAGGAGGGGUCGGAGUGCCCCAUCUGCCUGGGCCCCGUGACCCUCCCCCUCGUGCUGGAGUGCGGCCACACCUUCUGCAUGGUGUGUGUCAAGGGCAUCGCCAACACCACCAAGAACUGCGCCAUCUGCAGGAGAGAUAUUCCUCGGGAUAUGCUUAUGGAUAUUAGAUUCUGUCGCGAGGAGGACAUCAUCAAGAACUACGUCAACAAACCACGCGAGAAGAAGACCCAGCGAAGUCACAGCGUCCCGAGUAGGACCUCAUCCUCGUACAGCAGUUCCUCCCGACGUGUAGCUCGCACCACACAGGACUAUGAUGACAUGGUGUCCGCCCUCCUCUCUAGCCGCACCUCCUCCACGUCGUACCGGUACCAGCGCCCCGCCAACACCCACACGCCGCCCUCCUACACGCCUUACUCCGGCUCCGAGUCCUGCAAGGAUUCCUGCAAGGACACGGACUCCAAGGACGACGACUGCUGCUGCUCCUCGUCCAAGUCCACCACGUCGUCCUCGUCCACCACCGCCACUCCUCACCCACGGCGUCCACGGCGCGCACCACCUCCACCACCACCACCAGCUCUGUGUCGAAGCCUCCGCCAGCCUCCUCCGUGUCGACCUCCAGCUCCACCUCUUGAAAAGGUUUCGUCGUCGAGUACCAGCAAAACGUCCUCCUCCGUGAGUACCCGGUCCGUGGCCAGAUCCUCAUCUACCUCCUCGACAACUACCUCUUCCUCCGAAUCCUCGUCCUCAACCUCGAGCUCAUCUUACUCGUCGUACUCCAACGGUGCUCGUCCUCGGAGGCCGACCUCUCUCGCCCUUGAGACGACAGCGGUCAUGUCCUCCGUCUCGGCCUCCGUCACGUCCUCCUCAGCUUCCUCUCGUUCAAGCGGCUCUCGCGACGUCGAGCCGCCAGCGAACGCAACUCAAGAACAGUACGACAGGUGGCUUGCCUUCCAGCUUGCCAAGGCCGAGGACGAUCUGCCUCCUUCAGAGUUCAACAAGAAGCACCGACCGACCUUCAGGAGGUCCCUCUCCAUGCCAGAGCGCGCACAGGACAGCUCGUCCGACAGCAGCGACUCGGAGGACUCGGAUUCGCCAAGGUCACGCAGGAGCUCACGACGCCCCCCAGCGUCUCCUCGCACCGUCACAAACUCUUCGUCGUCGUCGUCGUCGUCUUCCUCCAGCAGGAGCACACCCAUCAGUAAAUCCUCAAGCGAUUCUAACGCCUCCAGCAGCACCAGCAACAGCGGCAGUGCCCUCAGCACAGGCGCUCGGCCCAAGAAUGCCGGCCUCAAGAAGAGGGUGUCCUUCAAGGAAGACGGACCCGCCAUCCGUCGCGAGGCGCCCGUGAUGCUGCCCUGCGAGUUCUGCGACGAGAUGUUCGCUGAGCGCGACCUCAUGCGGCACCAGACCAGCUGCGAGCAGAACGAGACGCAGCUCCCCCGCGCCUCCCGUAUCGCCCAGCGCGCGGCCGCAGCGGCAGCCGCAGCCGCCAUGAGCUCCAGCACCUCCACGACCUCCUCCUCUGGAAUCACGACCACCACCUCCUCGAACACCACCGUUGAGACGUCCUCUGUCCAGUCCUCCUCGAUCCAGUCCAGGAUCCAGAGCACAGCCUCGUCCUCGCCGAGAAGGAGUCCCGCCCCCACGCCCCCACCCCCGAGGACCCCGACGCCGGUGUGCGCGCCGCCCAGGAAAGCCACGGCGCCCUCGAAGAGCCCCGCGCCCGUCCCGCCCCGAAGUCAGUCGUCUGGGUCUUCGAGGAGAAGUCCCACUCCUGCCUCCCCGGGCCCCUCCAGGAGUUACUCCUCAGGAUGGAGGAGUUCGAGGGACACAUCUCGCGUCAGCCCAGUGAGCACGCCCACCAGUCCUCCGCCCAGCUGCCCGCCCUCGAUCAGCCCGCCGCCCGUCAGCCCGCCGCCCACCACCACCAUCACCAUCGUCGACCAGAAGCCGUCGGUCGUCGUGUCUCCGAGCCAGAGCGCUGGCAGCAACCGGCCCUUCAGCGUCAGCCCGGCGCCCUCGAGUUCGACAAGCAACAGCUCCGUCAGCAGCGGAUCCAUGAGCAGUAGUUCCGUCUCAACCACGCCCUCCACGAGCAGUUCGGCCUCGCCCGUGCCGGCCAUCAGUGCCACGCCCGAGCUGGCACCCCCGGACACCCCGACGACCGACCUCGAGUACGACUACGAGGACGAGGACGGCCCCUUCAUGCGGCCACGGCGCGGCCGCCUCCUGUCCUCCGCCAUCUUCUCGUGGCGCAGCAUCUCGGGCAGCAGAAGGGGCUACACGCGCUCCAACACCGCCCCCCUGGAGGACACCGGCGCUGACGAAGAAACGACGCAGGUGCAGCCGGUCAUCACCAGCCGCUCGGCGACGCAGCUGCCCGCACACCGCCCGAGUCCCGACAUCGAGACCGCAACCUCGCCGCAGCCGUCCUCCUCCUCCCCGCAGCUCAGCACAGCGUCACAGAAGACCACGUCGCCACAGCCCUCCGCCCCCGACACACAGACGAAGCAGCCGUCGGCGUCCCCGCAGCCGACGCAGGAGCACGCCGAGACCGUCUUCAUCAAGAACCCGCACAAAUACCGGGCUCCCCCUCCGCCCCAGACGCCGCCCAACCUCCCCAACCUGCCCAACCUGAAGACGUCCCCCUCGCCCACGCCCAACAUCAACGGCUACAUCAAGAGCCCGACGCCGUGGGAGAAGGCCUUCAUGAGCAACAAGGCCGCCAGCCCGCCGCCCACGACCUCGCCCACGCCCGCGCCGGAGAAGACGCUGGCCAACGGAUACGUGAACGGCGUCAUCAAAUUCGACAGCAAGACCAUGAUGAACGGCCUCAUGUCCAAGGAGAUCGAGGAGUUAAUACCCUGUGAAUUCUGUAAACAGGUAUUCUCUCCUGAUAAGUUUCGAAGCCAUCAGACCAUGUGUGAGGCCGCGCUCCAGCCGCCCUCGCUUCGAAGCGCCGCGCCCUUGGAGCAGCCCGCCACGCCUAAGGGCAAGACCUCAGCCCCAGCGCGCCACAACAAGGGACCUGCGCCGUCCCCGCCGGAGUCCUUCGGCAAGGACGACGACGCCGAGGACGACUAUGAGGCGCACCGCAUCAGGCGAAUGGAGAGGUCGCAGUCCGUCAAGGACGACCGCUCGUCCUUCAGCGACGGCAUCCGCGUGUCCCGUCGUCUCGAGCGUGCCUCUAGCAUCAAGGAGUCGAGGACCUUCUACGGCGACAACGCCAGCCUCUCCCGCCGCUGGGGAUCCCGAGAGGUCCUGCACAGCAACAGUAUGGAGUCCUCGUCGUCUCUCGCGUCCGGCGGCUCGGCUUACACCUCACAUACACACAGCACAGACAAUUCCGCCGAUACAGCUGGCACGAGACAAACGCCAUACACAAACAAGAUUUAUUGCAAAAGCGUGAGACAAGGAUUUCGAAAUCCUCCUACAUCUCGCCUUCAGAUCAUGAAGCUCAGAAGGAUUUCGAAAACAAUGAUAACGGAGGUGACUCAGAUAACGGAGGCGAACUAG